AUGAUGCCCAACGUUGCCUUUGGCUCUGGCUCUGUCUCUGGCGCCGAGGGCGGCUGGGUUCCUAGCUCCAACGUCGUUGGCGUUGGCGUUGGCGCUGGCGCUGGCGUCGACGCUGGUGUUCGUGCCUUGGUGGCGCAUAACCAAGAUGCCAAAGUCGAUUAUUUUGGGAAACACAUGAAAAACAUGCAGCAGAUCUCCUCUAGGACUCCCCGCAUGCAGGAUGCAGGGAGAUGCGAAACGCGAAAAGCCAAAUGGCCGAAAGCUGAGCCCGAGCCCGAACCCGCUCGUGGAGCGCCGGUGCAAGAAGCACCCAUCUGCGAAGAGCAUCAUGGAAGGCCCCUGAGCGGGAACGGGGCGGGAUCCAUGGGAUGGACACUUCGCGCCGCUGGCGCUAGCCGGAAGCUUGGGACGCAAGGUAGCCAACAGGAACAGGAGAGCCAAUAA